GUGUUUUGUCAUUCGCAGUUGAGUGUUCGUCGCGAGCGGUCGUGUAUCGUGUGUGCGUUUUCGUUGUUGUGGCUCUCUAAAUUUUUGAAUUGUCGCAUUGAGCAAGCAAAAAGAGAAGCGAAAGCAAAAAAGUCGCAAAAAUUAAUUCGCACCGAUUUUGCAGUGGUUUCGCUGUUUCGGGGCAUUCGGGUUUGGAAAUUAUUCCGUCGUCGUUCGUUCCGAGGGGUCGCGAAAGAAGGGAAUUUUUCGAAGAAGGGAAAAACCCGAGCUGGUCUCUUCCGGUCAGCAGAGCGCCCGCCGAAGAAGAAGAGCAAUCACGGUGUAAUCCCCGGUGUUGAAGUUUCGUGCGCGCCAAAAUUUGCAGUGAAUGUUUAGCAGCAUCGUUUAAACUAUAACAAAGCAGCUAACGUGCCAGGCAAAGUAUUUGAUUGAAAAUCAGCAAGGUGCGUGCAAAAUUUGAAGAAAAAAAGAAGCUGGUGCGGCGCAGCAGAUUGCAUCUUGCGCCGCCAGGUGAAAAAAGAGGGUAAAAGGAAGUGAAGCGAAAUAAAUAAAAAAAAAAAAUCAGUGAAUAACAACCACACACGAGAGCGCGGAAGAGGCGCACAACCGGAAGCAAAAUUUACAAGUUACAUAAAACGUCGUCGGCCAUGGCGGUGGUGCGGAAGAAACAGGAUGAUAAAAUUUUGAAAACGCUCCGCGAGCUGGUCAGCAUCGGCGGCAACAAGGAGUGCUUCGACUGCGGCCAGAAGGGGCCCACCUACAUCAACAUGACGAUCGGCUCGUUCGUGUGCACCACCUGUUCCGGGAUACUGCGCGGAAUCACACCCCCACAUCGCGUCAAAUCGAUCUCGAUGGCCACAUUCACACAGGAAGAGAUUGACUUUGUGCGGCAGAACGGCAACGACGCCUGCAGCAGAACCUGGCUCGGCCUGUGGGACCCGAAGCGGGCCAUCAAGCAGGAGCAUCGAGAUUUCAUGAUCGACAAGUACGAGAGGAAACGAUAUUACCUGGAACCUGCUAGUCCGCUCAAAUCCCUCCCAACAAAUGGCACAACUUCGGCGACAACAGCGUCGUCGUCGUCGUCCUCGUCCACGCUGGCCUCAGCUACCAACGGCAAUGGGAGCAGCACAAACAUCAACGGUAGCACAUCCAGCAACAACAGCAGCAGCAGCAGUAAAAAUGGUGCCGAGAAUCUAGUGCCACUCAAGACGAUCACGCUGACUCCGCCAACGUCACUCCGGCUCAGCCGAACCAGCUCAAACUCCAGCGGCGGGCUGGCCAACGGAAGUCACACCGGUUCCAGCACAAAUCUCAAGUUCCAGCAGCAGUUCACGCCCGACGACAGCAACUUCUUCAGCAGUGACCCGCCAAAAAUCUUGCCACCGACGCCGCAGAAACACUCGAGCAAUCAUCACCAGCGGUUGAACGGGUCGGCGACCGUGAACGGAACCAACUUUGAGCGAAACCAGAAGAAUGGUCUACUCACCAGCACAAUCACCAACGGCAUCAACAAGUUCACCCCAGAUACGGACUUUGUGGCCGAUUUCAGCAACGCAAACAUCAUUGUCAACGCUGCGACGACGACGACGACGACGACAGCCAACGGACUGAAGAAUGGCACCGGCAGCAGCAAUCAUCGCCGGCUAAGCAACGGGUUCAGCGAAAACGGGAACGGGCUCAUCCCUAACGGACACCGGAACGGCGAGACGGAGAACUUUGCCGACUUUGAGCACAAUACCAUCUACAAUGCGGCAGAACAACACUCGAGUGGAUCGCUCAACUUGAGCAUCGACAGCGGCAACAGUACGACGGCCAGCAGCAGCAGCACGACCAGCGUCAACAGCUUAAAUAACGACCUAUUCAUCAACAAUUACAGUCUGUUGAACAAUAACAAUGGUCCAGCGGUGGGCGGAGGUGCCGCCGCCCUAGGGGGAGAUGCGCCCACCUUUGGGAGUCCCCAGUUCGUGGCGUUCAGUGGCGGGGGUGUCUUUGGUCCCCAGCCACAACGACCACCACCCUCGAACGGUAACGGUUACAGCUACUUCCAGAACUACCCUCAGCAUCAGCAGCAGCAGCAGGCGGUAGCAAGCAGUGGAAGUAGUAGUCUGAACUUUGUCACCUCGGCCAACGGUCAGUGGAAUCUGGGCUGGCCGCAGUGGGCACCACAUGACCAACAGCAGUAUCAACAGCAGCAGCAACAGCAAAAACAGCACAAUUGCACAAAUCAGAACCGAUGGAGUCUUCCCAUUUCUGCCAGCUCGAGGUCUUCAUCCGCGCUCAGUUCAGCGACUCCGUCCGUAGAUAGAUAUGCCGCCCUUAAAGAUCUGGACGAUCAGUUCCGGGAGAUCAAGUUCGAAAGUGAAACAAACAACAACCACGUGAUCAGCAGUAGUGCCAGCACGAACGGGCUCAGCAAUGGACUGAUGAAUGGAAACCACACCAACGAUGUCCACCAAGUGUCCACAGCGAAUCCGUUCAAAACAGCAAAUCCGUUCCAACAGCAGCCUCAGCAGCAGCAACAGCAAACGCUGAGCUGGGCCAUUCCGGGAUCGACGCCACCGACGGCCACCAACGGUUUCUACGCGUCCUCGUCGUCGCCCUACCAGAACGGGUUUGUCCACCCGGCGGCGGCUGCGGCGAAUCUGCUCAACGGGAACGGUGUCAACGGUUUCACCAACGCCUUCCACCACCACCCGAGCAGUAACGGCAGCACCGGAAGUAUCAACAACAACAACGGAUACGGGCACAUCCAGGCCGGCGUUGUGCCGCCGUACGGUGUCCAUCACGGUGGUGCGGUGAACCACUUUGGACACUUUGGCAAUCCGUUCAUGGCCGCCGGCGCAACCACGGCCACGUCCAACUCGAACAAUCCGUUCUUAUGAGUAUCCUCGUAGACAACACCACGCACCACCGCCGUGGGGCAGCGAGCGCAGCCAAAAUCCAGCCAGGCCACCAAUUUCAGCGAACCGUGCAAAUGAUGGCGAGAGUGUAUGUAAAUUUUUAAAUGCUAUAGCGAAGGGAUUUCAUUACAAAAAAAAACUACAAACUACGAGUGAUAUGGUUUUAGCGCGCAGAGCAAGUUUCGGGAGUGAGUGUAAAUUGAUUUUAUAAAUAUAAUAAAAAUGCAAGAACAAAAAAGAGUGAGGUUUGCCGAGGUUGAGUGAUCAAAUAAGAAGGAGAAGAAGAAAAAACAGUCACGAGAGUAUUGCCAAUGUGCCGAAAAUUGAAGUGAUAAAUUCCAUUACACAAAUUGAUUGUAGGGAGAGAGAAUAUAUUAUAUGAUGAUGUACAUAGCGAUUUUAUUUGUAUUUUUGUUUCUACCCCUUUGACGUUUUUUUUUUGUCGUCUGGAUGAAUGUGGGAGACGUGACGCAUCGCACCAGCCUUUCCGGAUGACCUUUUUCAACAUUCAUUAAAAAUCAAUAAAAAAAAAUGCAUAAAAUUGCUUGUCGGUGGACGGUGGCAGCGAAGCUGCUAAAGAGAGAUUUUUAAAUAAACUUUCUCUUUUUUUUCUCAUUCCAAAUUCUUCAAAUUCGAACAAAAAAAAAAAUGGUCAGCACGUGGGCGAUUUUCCCCGCCGGAGGAAAAUUCGUCAUCACUCGAGCCCCUUUUUCCCAAGGGACAUCUUUCGCGCUUUUUCUCGGUGGCUCGACAACUUGUUUGCUGGGACAAAUUGCAUUUAAAUUGAGCUACUUUGCUAUUGUUCUCUUCUGCACAGCAGCACAAACGACUCCUUUGGCUGGAAUUCGAAUGUCGCCGCUCUACCGAUUUUUUAACAUUUUAGUUGUAAAUAGUUUUUUUUGUAGUGUUGAAUUUUAUCAUUUUAGAAACAUCUUAAACCAAAAAAAUUAAGACAAAAAACAAUCGCCAUGGAAAAGGAAAAUACACAUUCAUCUCUACAGAAAAACGUCGGUUGUUCAUCUCAAACUGAACCUAGAAGAAGGAAAGAAACUGAUAAAAAAAUAGACACUAAACAACAGUUUACAUUAACACACACACUACCUAGCAAUUUCUACGUCAGUACGGUGUUUUAUUGUAGGAAUUACAACACUAGAAACAAAAACAAAAACGCAAAUAAAGGAACGGCAAAAAAUCGCGACAUUCAUGUUCUUAUGCAAGCCAAACCAAUUAUUUAUCGAAUGUUGCGACAUUGUCCACCCAAAUCAUUCAUAAUCGUCGUGAAUGCUCAAUUUCACUAUAUUUAGCCAUUUUAUUCACACUCUUACAAAGAAAAAAAAACAAAGCAAAAAUCGACUAACUAUCUUGAACGAACAAAGAUCUUAAAAAAAAGACGCAGAACAAAUCCAUAUUUUACGGUGCGCGAAAAUCGUUGUAACAUUACACACUACUGCAACACUAAAAAAAAAACGCUUGUGGGGCCUUAUAAUCAAAGAUGAAGAGAGUUUUAUCACACCUAAAAUCGUUAAACGAAAUGAGAUUUAACACGUUGAACAAAGCUGAAAAAGUUUAACCAGUUUUAUGACAUUCAGAGCCUGCAUACGAAGGAUUUAGAGGGUGAGAGAAAAAAAAAGAGUUUCUUGUUAAAAGUAGCUACUGCAUAGUUUAUUCUACAAAUUUUCUGAAACGAGGUUCGCAAAGAGAGGGAGAUUUUGUUGCUGCUUUUGCACGCAAAAAAAACACAAACUCACAUUUUUAAGCAAUUUUUCGACCACCCCAUUCUAAACAGCUACGACAUCUUCUUUCUGCGCGCGUGAUGGACAGUUUAGUGAAACAAUCAGUGAAAAGUGCUAGAAAACCACAACUAAAUUGGAUUUCUGUAAAUAGUGACACUAAUUUGUAGAAAGUAACGUAGACGAAUUUCAUGCAAGCCACGGCACUAACACAAAGACUCGAAAGAAAACGGUCAAGCUUACUCCAAAAGUAGAACUAUUCUCUAAAAAAAAUAUCAAACUCCAAUUUUUUCGUCCAAGCAAAAGAAGCAAAAAGGUUCAUCUGCUCCAUUUACCAGAAACAAAAUACAAAUUAAAGGAUAGCUCUUAAGGUGGGUUCGCGCGUACACAGAAGAAAAAAACAGCAAAUUCUACGAUAAAUAAACUACUAACUGAACAAAAAACUAAGAACAAAAAAAUCAAGUGACUAGAGCAUGGUUUGAGCAGUUUUAAAUGUUAAUUAAAAAAGAAAAUAUUACUCUCAACGUAAUUAUGAGAAUAAUGUUUAGUAGUAUUGAUUAAACAAAUGGGGAAGAUAAUAUCUACUAUACGUAUGUAAACAGUUUAACUAAUGAUUAUUACAACAAAAA